GUGAUGCAGGAGGAGCAGGAGGAGGAGGGGAGCUACAAGUGACAGCAGCCCCCGAUCACAUCCACUACAUGAGAGUGAGUGAGCAGAGCAGCAGGGUGACCUGAACAUGUGCUCCGCACCGCCCCCUGCAGGCCGUGCCCCCCACAUCACACUGGGGGAGCAGAGCGGGGCUCUUGCAGCAGUGGUGGGGUGCAGGGGGGCAGAGCACUGGGGGUUCUGACGCUGAGCAGCAUUCUCCACCACGCCUGGCACUGAUCGCACACCCGGCUUGGCAUCACCCGGGAUCUGAGCUCCAUGGCCCCAGGAUGAUCCGCUUCCUUCUGCUGCUUUUGCUGCUUCCCGGGGCCGAGCUUUUUGCCAAUGAUACGCAUGAAGUUGAAAUUUUUACAACAACUACACUGGGCUCUCAGUUUAACAUGGCUGUGACUACUCAGGCCACCCUGCUCCAAAAACCAUCAGGAUCCCAUGCGCCCACCAAAAAAACACCUGUGCACUCUCCAGCUCCCAGACAUGGCAAAAAACUACAUCCACCUCCAAAGGAUACAUCUGUUGUGACGGAAGAAUCCCAAAUGGUACAGGGUGGCGGAGUAAAAAACACCACAAAUAUGAAACACAGAAAUUCCAACCACAACAAGUAUAUAAGCUCCACACAUAAUGUUACUCAUCGGCAUCCUACCAAAAUGCCCGUUACUGCCAAGAGCCAUUCGCAGAGGGAGUCCACUUUAAGAAAGCCCAUUAUUAAGAAAGCGCCAACACCUCCCAGCAAGAUCAAAGGUAUAAUGAUGUCUACAGGGAAGAACCCAUCUGCCAGGUAUCAGAGCCCUCCACAUGGCUAUCAUAAGAAUAGUACAGCGAAACCUGCAAUGGGACAUUUCCAUCACUUAAAUGCUAGUGGUGGUGUAACAGAGAGGUCGAAAUCACACCAAGUGGUAACACCGUUCAGAACAAGCUUAAAACUCGGUCAGAAGGAUGUUGAUAGAGUAAAGCAGCUCCCACUGCAAUCCCAUCUCAACAAACGACUAAAAGACAAAGCAAAUAGCACCUCCGUAUUGGUUAGUACUGUCAUAAACAAUAGUUCCAACUCAGUCGCUCAUAGCCUCCAUCAUGUUACUCACUCAUUUCCAAAUUCCAGUUUUAUGCAUGGUAAAAAGACCAUGUUACAUGAACUGAACUCUCUGAACACAUCCGAACAUGUGUGGAGAGGGGAAAACACGUCUUUGGUAUCUCAAAUUGAUGGACAGAAAGACUUCUCAAUACCUGAGCUUUUAUUAAAUUUACCAGGACCGCGACAAUCCAGAGUAAUGCAAGAGUUGAAUGCGAAAGUAAAUAUAAGGGUACCAGAUAGAAAUCCAAUCUCAAACCAUACGAACCAGAACUCAAGAGAAACAGUAGAAUUUGAUGGACUUGGUCAAGAUGAGUCAGUUCGGUUAGAACCUAGCAAAGAAAAUCGGAUCAGUUCUACUGAGGCUGGAGAGAUUGGGACUGUGGUCAGUGAGACCAAAAGAACUAAUGAUACGCAAAGCCGUCCAUAUAGUCAGUCUGGGGUGGCUCAUGUACGGACAACAACCCAGUCAGACAUACAGGCACACAACAACGUGGAGCAGCAGUACCAGACCCGUCCAGAAUUGACAACAGGAGGACACAUUCAUCACAACCAGACACAUGGUCAUAGACACCAUAAACACUCUAAUAACACUGUGUCUCACCAUAUGGUGACAUCACCGGGAAGAAUAAGUGGUGCUAAUAGACAUCAUUUUAAGCAUCUACACAACUCCACUCAUUCUCACGACCAUAAUGAGCACUGGGUACAACAUCAGAUACAUUCUACUCAAGUCUCCUUAGAUCUCCUAAGCAGACAAGCGCACCCAAGCCAGUCCCCCCUCCGAGAGGAGACAAGCUUCCAUGAAUGGCAGACAACUGUUAAGAAUGGGACAGACUUAGAUGCAACUAGUUUGUCUCACCCAAGAAACAACUUUUCUGAAUCUGCAACAACCCCAGAAAGUCCUUCAAAACCUUUUGCAACGGUAGAACCAAAAUUGACUACCCAAAGUUUACAUAACAUAACUACUGUAAGUCAACUAGCAAUGCAGACCAAAGGGGUUUUAACAACGCACUAUGAACCCAUUAUAACAUACAAUAAAACAGGCCCACACAAGCUCAAAAGUUUUGAAGAAAAGACUCUACCAAUUCUGUACACAAAAGUAACCAGUGCACCAGUAACACAAAGGCAUGUACCAACACAGUCAUCCCCAUAUAACACAACCGAAACAUUUCUGACAGAACUUACCACACAAACACAGCCAGUGCUAACUUCUCAGACACCCACACAUAAAAAGACUGAGGGUACGGCUUAUAGUAGGCAGAAAGAAACCACGUUCACUGAGAUAGAGUCAACCACACAGUCCAAGCUGGAAAAGAACCAAUCGGGGGAACCUACACAGAAUCAGCCAUAUUUCACCCACGAUUGGCACACGGAGACGCAGUCUAGCAAGAUGUGGAUAGGAUCAUCCACUGAGCCACUUCCUAAUAUAGUAAGAAAUAACCUAUCAAGUUCGAUCACAGAGAGUCUGUCUCCUCAAGUUAGAGUGACCGAACCUCUGCUGACCACACACAGUCCACUAGACAUUGUAACAUCAGAAGACUUCAAUGAAACACAAACACCAGUAUUUGAAAACACUCAGGACAGUGAGUCUAGAACAGCUCCAUAUAGCAGGACAGAACAGGUAACACAAAGUCACUUUGAGAGUUUGUCACAAACAGAUUCCAUCACAUUUGAUCCCAACAUGGGUCAAUCAACCACACAAGAUGAACCAAUCACUAAGGGCAACUCAGAAUCAUCUACCCCUAUUACCAGCACAGAACUAAUUGAACCGACACAGACAGAACCAACAACAAAAAAGGUGACACAACCCAUUACUCAAAAAGAGCCAACCACAAGCGGCCAUGUGUAUUCAGCCACACAAACAGAACUGACUAAAAAGGCCUCAACUGGUUGGCUUCAAGGAACCGAAACAGUAUCACCAAUGCAAACUGAAACAAACACAACCUAUAGAAGCUUAAUAACAACUGUACACAAAGAAAUGAGAACAAAAAGUUAUACAGAACGGCAUACACAAACACAACAUAUCUCAGAGGGCUCAACAGAGUCAACUAGCAUAACUAGAAGAGGGUCUACCACUCCUAGCGAGACACGCGUAAAGAAUGAGACAGAAACCAACACAUCAAAAACUGAACCAUUUCACCAAACCACUACAAUAGGAUACAGUAGGGAUGAAAUGGAGCCGACAAAGCUAACCGAGUCAACUACUAAGGUUCUUCUAAACCCAAAUGCACCCUAUGGUCACUUAUCACCAACUCCCAAAAGGCCAUUACAGUCAACACAAACAGAUCUGGGUACUCAGCCAUAUCCUGCGCACACGACAAGGGCUAUAUCAGAGCUUUCUCCUACAAGACAACCCCAUGUGCAAACAGCAAAAGAACCUCUAACCUCGGGUGAUGGCCAAGUAGUGUCACCCACCACAGAACGACAAUGGGAGGAGUGGGCAUCUAGUGGGCAUCAUAAUCAAGAUGGUAGAUGGGACUCGGGACCAACAUUGUCUUCGAAUGUGCAAACAUUUCACCCUAUAACAAGACAUACUUCAGAAAGAGACCAUUCCAGUGGGUUUACCACAGUCAAAGGGUCUACAACAGGGACAAAGUGGGGAACGUCACCGCCAUCCAACACAUUUACCACCCAGAGUCUUGGUGAGAUGAUGUCAGCGCAGCCGGGAAGAGACCGCAUCUUCAUAAUAGACGAGCAGCAACCAGUCUUUAAAGUGCAAACCAUUAAUGUCACAUACAAAAUGAACUCGAGCCAUCACGCGGCGUGUGAACAGCCGGACUCCUGCAGACGACUUCUCCUACAAGAGUUGACUUCUGCUUACAAGUCCGCCGUGGGAUUCGAUAAGAUUGAUAUUCUGAAUGUGACGGUGGCUGGCACGGCCUUGGAAUACAAAGUGCUCUUCGGCAUGCGCCCAGGGAGCCUGAUGUCUGCUGUGCAGGAACUUGUCCUCUCUAAUCCGUCCGUCCUUUUUCGGUCCUCGGAGAGACUCUUUGCCUAUAGAAUCUAUAACACAACCUUGACAGACAACCAUGUUGAUCCGUGCACCGACUGGUUCGCUUGCCCGCGGAGUUUUCAAUGUGUGCCUCUGCGGAAGCUUAGCGCCCUAUGUUUGUCGCCUUGCCACAACAUCUUCUGCCACAACAACGGCAUCUGCAUCCACCGCAAAGGGCAGGACCCUGAGUGCCAGUGCCCAGUUGGCAGAGACUUUUGGUACAUGGGACAAACCUGUGACUACAGAAUGACACAUCACCGCCUCGCCGCCAUUGCUUGCGCCGUCGUGUUUUGCAUUAUCAUCUGUGCAGCGGCCGCUGUUUUCAUCCUGGUCCGUCGGUUUCAGACUCAGAUCCUGCAACAGAAAGUGGCUCAGACUCAAAGCAGUUACAGGAGGUUUAGUCGCUUUGAUGAUGUCCCCACGCAUUUCUGGUGCCCAUCGCAAACAUGGCUGACAGCCUCGGCAUCACUCAAUUCCCUGGACAAUCCGGCAUUUAGCAGCUCAGAAGAGGUCUUUCCCCUGCAGGCUCUGGGGAGCUGCGUGUGCGGCUGCCAGGACGGUGCCCGGAAUGGCUCCCAAACUAACCAGCCCCAGCCGCCCGCCCGGGCUCCACCCAGGCUGGAGACGAGCUGCAGCAGUGUCAAUGACUUGAUGAUCGACUCUGGGAAAGCAAGUGACGUGUCAGUGUGCAGCUGGCCUAUGGAACCCAUCCACUGGACUCCCUUCCCCAUCCUACACCAGCUAUCCCUGCAGUCUCCGUUUCACGCUCGCAGACCUCAUUCCUACUUUGAAGGGAUGGAGCUAGUGAACACAGAGAGGAGCUGGACCGCCUAGCUGAUACCACCAGAAGGGCUAGUGAGCAGUCUAUGACCAAGGACACUCGUGACAGUGCCUGCCACGUAGGAGUAUGCAUACUGGAAACGGAGCGGCUCCUUACAGAACCCGUCAGCUGCACAAGGCUGACCGUGCACAAACUCUAUACUGCGUGUAGCACUUGUGUGGUGUGCAUCAUCCCCCAUGUGAUUGCACAACUUCCCAUGUCGACCGCCAGAGACUGCUCUGGACUUACACAUCAGCGCCAUUUGAUGACAUCAUCAACUACUGUCUUGCAGAUUGAUUCUUGCAACAGAUUAAAAACCACUUAAAAAAAAAAAGGUAUUAACAAUAAUAAAGUGUUGCUCAUCA